AUGGCCAGGAAUAGCUGGCCUUCGAGGCUGCAGUACAGAGUGCUGUUCUCGUUUUGCGUCGCCAUGGCUCUCGUCUCUUCAGUCUCUUCAGCCGACCCCGUGACGCUAAAUGCCGAAAUUUCGCAAUCGAUGGUUAGUAUAGCGACAAGUCUCAAAGUGCCGGCGACGUUCGGUUGGUUGGCGGCGCGGCAAUGCAACUCCGCGACUGGAUGGCUGGGAGUCACGUGCGACGCUGACGGUCAUCCCGUUUCCAUAUCGUUCAACAGGCCCACGUGGACCGGCGGGUCGCUGCACACGUCUGUCGGCACUCUCAGCCGUCUGCAAGCCUUGUUGCUCAACAACCUGGACAUGACUGGCAGCAUUCCCACGGAAGUCGGGCGCCUGGCGAGCCUGUCCUCGAUCGCACUCAACGGACUCGCUUUGACGGGCCCCAUCCCCGCUAGUCUCGGCGGCCUCACCAAUCUCGCGAACCUCAACAUCACGGGCGGCGCGUUGUCCGGGCAGAUCCCCGCGGCGCUCGGCCAGCUGUCGCGCCUGCAGCUGCUCAGCGUGGGCUCCGCCGCGGCGUUCAACCGCCUCUCCGCCAUCAACGGCGGCAUUCCCGAGGCGCUCUGCGACAUCGCGCCGCUCCAGUACCUGAACCUGGGCUUCAACCGCCUGCAGGGCUCGCUGCCGCUCUGCCUCAGCCAGCUCACCAACCUCUUCUACCUUGCGGCGCCGAGCAACACACUCUCUGACGACAUUCCACCCGAAAUCGCCGCCCUGCCUCACCUUUAUGAAGUAGACCUAUCCAACAAUCUCUUCACCGGCCCAUUCCCAGACUUCUCAACCGAGCUCGACUCCCUCACACUCUCCAGGAACCUUUUCUCAGGCCCGCUCCCCACCUCUCUCCCUCCUCUCCUCACCUCCCUCGCGAUCAGCACCAACUACUUUACCGGAAACCUCCCCAUCUUCUUCCCACUCAACCUGACCUACAUCGACCUGUCCGAUAACUAUUUCACCGGAAUCGCCAACGUGUUUGCUCGCCCCUGGGUCUCUCCCCCCUACCUGGACUUGCGCGUGUGA